AUGGCAGCUUCGGAAAAGCCCAACUCGUCAGCCCGUUGGGCUCUGGGAGCAGGUAUUCCCGCGUUAGUGGCGGUCUUUCUCUACUACAUGUUUAUUGGGCAGGGCGAUUCAAUCGUGGAUCUCCCAGCGGUGACAAUCAAGCAGGGGACAAUUGUCGGACGCACAGUCAACUACGAUACCUUUCCAAAGCCACUCGAGGGAUUCAUGGGCAUUCCUUAUGCAGUUCCUCCAGUUGGCCAGCAAAGAUUCCUCCCGGCCGCCCCUGUGCCGGCGGGGAACAGCACUCUGAAAGCUUUCUACUUAGGAGCAAGGUGCCCCGGGGAGCAAUUGGUUCCGUUCCUCAAGGAUGAUGUUCUGGGCCCCGAUUACGAGUCCGAGGACUGCCUCACUAUCAACAUCUGGCGGCCUCAGAACCAUACGGCGAGCAACAAAAGGCUUCCAGUCACGGUCAUGAUUCCCGGAGGAGCCUUCAACCGUGGAGCUGCCCGCAUGCACAAUACACAUACCAUGCUAGCCAAUUCACCCGAACCUUUUAUUGCCGUCAGCAUGCAGUACCGUAUCGGUGUUUUCGGAGGGCUGAAUACCGGACUUACUGAAAAGGAGGGCCUGCUGAACCUGGGCCUGAAGGACAUGUACGUCGCUCUUGAGUGGGUGCAGGACAACAUUGCGGCAUUUGGUGGCAACCCUAACGAUGUCACGAUAAUGGGCCUGAGUGCAGCUGCUCAUGGCAUCGGCCAUCUCAUCAUGGAUAUAAACCAACCCAAGAAGCUCUUCCACAAGGCUAUUAUGGAUAGCGGCGCUCACACUGCUCGAGCAGUGCACUUGCCAACGGCUGACCUCCAUACACAACAUUUCCGGGAAUUUUUGGAUCUCACUCCUUGCUCAAACUUUACCGACCUUCUUGAUACAAAUAUUCUGACAUGUUUGAGGAACUUGCCUAGCGAUGUCAUAGACUUGGCUGGAAAGGAGGUUUUCCGCCGAUCGAAUCCGUCAGUGCGUUGGGCCUGGCAGCCUGUCAUUGACGGCCAAGUGAUCUCACGUCGGCCAAUCCACGCAUGGAAGUCUGGAAAAUGGCAAAAGGUCCCGAUACUGACGGGCUCUACCCACAACGAAGGGUCAUAUUACGUAUCUCCCAAAACAAACAAGUCUUCCGAGUUUACGGGAUUCUUCAAGACACUGCUCCCCCACCUUUCGGAGAGCGAUGUUGCAGAGUUGGAGCGCCUGUAUCCGGACCCCGACUUGGACCCAACAUCCCCGUACAAGGACACAUCAGGGCUGCCGGACGUCGGUUCACAGUUCCGGCGCCUGGAGGCGGCAUAUGGGCAGUAUGCCUACACCUGCCCUGUCCGGCAAACCGUCCAUUGGGCAACAUUCCACAACAAGUCUGACCCGCCUGUCUUCUUGUACCACUGGGCUGUCAACCAAACGGCUCUCCAUGGCGCGAACCAUGGAAACCAGAUUCGGUAUCAAACAUAUAAUCCCGAAGUUCGCUCGAUUUCACCUUCUCAAGACGAAAUUGCAGGGAACUUCCACGCCUAUUGCGUUAGUUUUAUACUGUAUGGGGAUCCCAAUAAGAUGUCGCAAGGCAAGUUCUCACAGCGGCCCGAAUGGCCGCGGUUCCAGAAUGGAAAGGGCUUGACGAUGCUGUUGGGGGAUGGAAACGAUGAGCGAGCGGGUGGGAAAGGGACUGGGAUCGCUGCGCAAGCGGUUGAGUAUAAAUGGGGACAGAAUGAGUGUAACUUCUGGUGGCGGAUCAGUGAGAAGUGGGAAGAGUAA